AUGGAGUCGCCGGAAACGCCCGCCGUGCCAGACAGUGCUGCUAAGAAGCGCAGAAGACCAGUCAACGCCUGCGCUACUUGCCGUGCGAGAAAGGUUAAGUGCGAUGAACGCCCAAACGGCUGUCUGAAUUGCGAAAGGCUACAGCUAGACUGUGUGCAGAAUGGCGGUGUUUCGACUGCCGCGAAGAGACCAAGCACGGCGUACGAGCCUGUUGUAGGCAUCAAGCGUAAACGUACAUUUCGAUCCUGCAUUCCCUGUCGAGACUCCAAAGUCAAAUGCUCCGGCGAACGACCGAACUGCAUAAGAUGCCAGCAGCGCAGGACCUCGUGUGUAUACGAUGCUGAGCAGGUGGAACCAGCCUGGGUACAGAGCAUUGCGACUCCUGCAUCAGGGACACACGCCGAUUCUGUAAUGAUUCCUCCACAUACUCCCCGGGAUACUCGAGAACCUUCUAGGCUACUAGGCUCACUAUCGAAUAGCGAGCCUGCUGCAGCGGGGUGUCCGCCGGGCCUACUUUGGUUGUUUUCCCAGCAGCUGCCACCCAGAAUGAAACUCCACGCUUUAUUAGAUGCUUACUUCAACAACGUCCACCCGAUCCGCGUGUUCGCGUUCGAGCACAAGCCGUCGUUCAUUCGAAUGCUAGACGAAGGACAGCUCGUGGAUGCGUCUGAUCAGGCCCUUUUGCACAUCAUGUGUGCACUAGGCGCUCGAUUCUACGCUCUCGACUACAGUGAGUCGUUCUCGCCCUUGACAAAAGAUCUGAUCCAGUCAGCGGGAAGCCAGUGGGCUAAAGUCGCGGAAGAGAUGUUCUUCGCUGAUUAUAGCACCAUCUCUAUCACCAAACUCAAGGUCUUGGUCUUACUUCACGACCAAGAAGCUCGCAAUGGCAACUAUGCUGGGUCUUUUCUUCUUACCGGCCUUGUCAUACGUAUGGCGCAUGCUUUACAGCUCAACAAUGAAGUGUCGCCAGAUGUGCUUUGUAAGGAAUUGGGAGGGAGUCCAAAUGAGGUUUCUGUACGAGAGUCUCGUAGAAGGCUCAUGUGGGCAUGCUAUAUGAUUGAUGUCUGGGCUGGUAGUGGCGUCGACCACCUCACUAUACUCAAUGAAAGAGACCUCAAGAUCCAGCUUCCUUGCAACGAGCGUCAGUUCUCACUACAGAUACCAUGUAUUACGGAGCGGCUUGAGAGGGGUACAUUACUGGAGCUUAUGUCUCCAGAGGAUAUUCCAGAGAAACCAGCGGAUAAUUUGGGUAUGGCUGCGUUUGUGAAGCACAUGGACGAAGAGCAACCGCCGUGGCUUCCAGAGUCAGGGUUCGCCGUUCUUAUCGAGGACAUUCAGUCGUGGAAACAAAGUCUGCCAUCCUGGCUGGACUUUUCUGCGGACAACAUCUACAUUCGGCGCGAAACACAUCAGCUAGGUGCACUCCUCCUCAUCCAUUGCAUGUACCACCACGUUAUGUGCGACGUCCACAGGAUCGCUCUCCCUGACCUGUUCAAAAACCAGGAGCCGUUCGUCUUCCCUACUGAUCGACAGGCGUUCGUGAGUCAUCUGCAAGACGUCUGCUUUGAGCAUGCGCAGCGUAUGUCCGUACUAGUCUCACACAUACUUCAACACGGCGUCAAGCAUUUUGCGGACUCCAUAUUGCCGUCGUUCGUUUACAACAGUAGUCGCAUCAUGCUCUACUACAUCGCUCGGAUCCUGGACGUAUCAAAGCCCGACGCAGGAACUGUCAUUGGUCGUACAGUCGAGCUAGUACAGUACAACAACCAGGCUUUGCGAGAGAUGGCGUUCAUGUACCCGCUUGCUGAAUCGUUAUGUAUCACCUCCGAGCGCUGGUUGGAGACUGUACGCGACAGUCUGGCUCGCGGUCACUCUGCUGACUACAUUGCGCCUCAGGAUCCAUCAGAGAACGAAGCGCGGCGCAUUGUCGGCGCACCCGCACCGAUGGCUGGCACUCCUAGGCAGCGAAAUGCGGCGAUCUCGGUUAUUCCUCCUGUCGAGGAGAUACUUUCGGCAACUUCACCUUCAACUCUUCGCACGGCUACUACUCGCUACCCAUUCUCGGCGCCUACCACUGGUCAGGGCGCCUCUACUGUUACAUCAGGCCAGGCCAUGACGUCGUCAUCUGAGAAUGCGGUAGGACCCAUUUACUCUUCCCCCAGCGCGCCAACUGCUUUCGAGCAGCCCAUGUUCAACCUGGACGACCUCCAGAAUUUCUUUGGAUGGGAAGCAAGUGAUGAUGAGAACGCGCAGUCUACUGGGUUCGAGGGCUUUGGUCCGCUAGGCUGGGCAAAUAAUUUCUCUAUCAUGUAA